AUGGAUGAGGCUGGGAAGAAAGGAGAGGAGACAACGCUCGAGACAGCCCGCUCAUCUGUCUUCAAGCAGUCGGAGGAUCUACACGAGGCGAAAUUUUUGAAGAUAGCAGGCUAUGAUUUCAACUGUGGACUGGACCUCACGGAGCUGCUCAAGUCCUUCCGCGCUACAGGAUUCCAGGCAUCAAACCUGGGAGACGCUAUAGAUGUUGUCAAUAAGAUGGUAAGUCCAGGUGAUCUCGAGUUCUCUACUGUCCAUACUUUUCGUCGCAAUCCUGUCACUGAAUCUUGAUAAUUUUAAUCACCGAAGCCAAUUACCAUUUUCUUGCCCACCGUAACUAAUUGAAAGUGACAUGCUGCAAUAGGACGUUUGUUGGACUGGUCGCUCAAAUUUUUCUUUUAAAAUAUUUUACCUUUUGGGAAGUUACGGUCGCAUGUAGUCCUCUCAUUCUAUCUUGGUCUCUUCUUUGUUACGUGGAUUUCUCUUUUCCGGUCUCAUUUCUUGUGUUUAUUUUAAUUUUGGCUUUCCAUAACAUAGUUUUUUGCUUCAUCUUGGAGCUAUCGUGGACGCUCUCCCAUGAGGAGCCAGCAGAAGACUGCCAGGAGGAGGAGCGUGAGCCAACCUUCAGAGAAACCAUCAGAUGCAAAAUAUUUUUGGGUUUCACGUCAAAUCUCAUCUCAUCAGGCAUUCGGGAGACAAUUCGAUUUCUUGUGGAGCAUAGAAUGGUGAGAAAAAAUGACACCUGGGUACCCCAUGUGCUUUCAUUGAUGAAAGAUCUUCUCCGAGUGUUUAGCUUCUAUUUUUCGGUUUUUCGAAUUUCAUUAAAUAAUUGUAUCUACCUUGGGACCAUAGGGUGGUGGAAAGUUUGGCAUACGUCGAACAAAAAGUGUGUCAAUAAUUGUCAUGAGAAAUACAGAGAGAGAGCGCAGAUUAAAUGACAAUGCCGCCUGUUCUGUUAUACAUAUGCUAUCCAGUUUCCGACAUAAUUACUCUCGAGCAUGGCGUUUUUUUCUAUUUUUUCCUGCUGGUGCUUUCAUUUUCUACUUGUCAUUAACUGUUGUCAAGUGGAUGUCUCGUCUUCUACAUAAGUUGUUACGCAUAUAACUGUGAAGAACUUAGCAUCAGUAUUCUGCGUGCGAUUGUUAUUGAUUUAGUUUGGAAAUAACCCACAACAAAAUUAGCAUGGAAGCUGGAUGGCAAGUAACUUGUGAAUUUUAUUCAGAGUGGUAGUGGUGAUCCCUUCACAAUGUUAAUUAUUUUCCAGGAUAGCCUUUUAUUUCAUCCACGAAAGCUGCAUAUUGCAGUAAUUGUUAUUCCUUAAACGGAAUAGAAGUGACUGAAUCCGGGCACACUGCUUGUAGAAAACUUCAUAUUAGAACAAGAGAAGUGACUGAAUGGUGGAUAAUCUUAUUCCAAUCGACCUAUUAUAUCGAAAAAUUGUAUUUGUACUUAUUAGAUCCAAAAAUCGUUAUUGGUUCUGCAGUAAAAUUAAUUAUUCUUGAUAAUGAAACAGAAGCUGUUGCGAAGCUUUUAGGCACUGUAGUUUCUUUCGUGGUGAUGAAUGGCUUGAUCCAGUUGAGCUCUUAGAAUUAGUUAAGUUGUACCCCCCUUGUGACUGAUCGCAAUGAAUUUACUGGGUGAUGCGAAGAUGAACCUGGGCUCAGACCCAACUGAAAUGUAUUUAUCCUAACCUCGCCCCUCCCCAAACUCACCUCCUGUGAAGAUGAAUACUGUCAGUGCGUCAAGAGAUUCAGAAAGGGAUUCAAGCAUGAACUGGUGUAGCAAAUCUUAAGUCGAGAUUUAUCAACCAUAUCAGCCAAAUCCGCAAUGUAGACCGAUUUCAGGAUACUGAUUUUAGGGUCACAGUACCUUUUCGAAUGGGAUAAGAAUCAGCCCGAUUCGUCCUUACGCAAUUUUGUCUUCUAAGCGUAAUUAACCAUGACCAAUCAUUCGUUCGGAGAAAAAAAAAUUUAGUCUUUUUUCUGUUAACAUAUCAAUUUCGAAAGCAUUUAAAAUGCAGAUGAACAACCUUGUUUAUUUUUGUGUACCUAAUGGAGGUUAAGCAUGAUUGCACUUGGAACAUCUAUGCACUGUAAUGUGUUUCUAUGGACAUAUGUUAAUCAUGUAUGCGUGAUAUAAUCAGCAGCCUGUCAGCAUAAAUGACAACAAAAUGAAAAAGUAAUUUUAAGGGAAAUGUAUCCCAGUUAAAAAUAAAAUUUCUAAAUAUAUAUCUUCUUCAUUGAAAUUGGAUAAAUAUUACUCCUCAUUAUAAACAUUGUGACUAACAAAGUCAGCAUGUUUAAUGUUUAAAUAGAAAUCAAUUAAUUUUUUAGGUUUAGAAAAUACCAACCUAUUGUGGCUGUGGUAUUUUUUUAAACGUCCUAUGUCACUGAUGGUUCUUUUCAAGAAAUGAAAAUUUCACCCAUAACCUUAAGUAAUGCAUUGGUGAUAUAUCAAAAACAUCUGAGUUAAUCUUUAUUUAUUUCAUUUCUUCUUCUUCUUCAUUGUCGUUACUGUCUUUUGUAGGUAGAUGCAUUGGUUACAACCGCAGGUGGUAUCGAAGAGGACCUUAUAAAAUGUCUUGCACCUACAUAUAAGGGUGAUUUUACCCUUUCUGGAGCCUAUUUGCGCUCUAAAGGAUUGAACCGGAUAGGGAACUUGUUGGUACCAAAUAACAAUUACUGCAAAUUUGAAGAUUGGAUUAUGCCCAUUUUCGAUCAAAUGCUAAUGGAGCAAAAAACUAAGGUAAUAUUUUAAUAAAUGUUUAUGGAUUGUGUGGUUUGCCGCCUUUAAUAUCAAUAUAUUGCAAUUCAUUUUCAUUUUUGUAUCUGGUGUUAGACUUUUUAUCUAAUCAAGAAAAUGUAAAGAAUAUUAGUUAGUCCCAUAUGUACUAUAUGACUUGUCGGCUACAUUUUUUAAGCCACGACUUGUCGCAUUGGUCUACUACAUGUCAUUUGGUCGUGGAUAUUUUGUUCUUCGGACUUGGACUCAUGCUCAAUCUUUUUCAGUUAUGGCUUCUAUGAAUGGAUGUAAGUUUGCACAUUCACAUGCCUUACUCAAAAAUUGAUGACGGCUUUCCCUCUCCAUGCCCAUGUGUUUUACUCUUGUCUGCUGGGAUCCCUUGUGCGACGUUGGGGCUUCUUGUCUUCAUGUGUCUUUAAUACAUAUGACUAAUCUUCCCCAACAGUUCCCUGUCUGUCCAAACAGUUCAUGUAUGUUCAAAUUUCACUCACAGUCACAUGUUUUCCAUAUUUCUUCUAACCACUUCAUCUAGUAGCUGUUACGUAUCUAGUUACAUGGGUACAACAAACCCUUUUCCAUUUAACCGUCAUAUAACUCGUAAUCACAUCCCUUUGGCAUGAAGUCACGGUUGUUCAAAAUAGAAAUAGGUUUGAAUCAUGCGAAAAAUAAUUUAUUUAUUCUGACGUUGUUAUGCAAUGAAAAUUUCAUGCUACAGAAUGUAAUUUGGACACCGUCAAAGAUGAUCGCACGCCUUGGAAACGAGAUAAAGGAUCCAAGUUCCUAUUUAUACUGGGCGUCCAAGGUAAAUUAUUGAAAAUGCACUUUUCUUGGAACCCAAUUAUGGCAUGCCUUAGUUAGUCACCCAUCGCAUUAUGAGUUUAAUAUAUCGUUGAACACUCCGUCUUGAGAUAGAUCAGAGGCAUACCCAAAUAUUGCUUCUUUUUUUUGUCAACUUCGUGAGAGAAGUGCUGUGGUCUAUGUUUCUCCCCUUGGUCAUUCAAUGCAAUAUAUGUUUUCUGGCCAAUUUGGUGAAACCAUCGUGCUAAUUAUAUGGGUCAUUUUGUGAAUUCGUAUAAACUAUUACGGAAUUUUGACUGUAUAGUAAAAUAGCCUAAAUGUUUAUAAAUAAUAUGUAUUAUAUUAUUUUGUCAUAAAAUUUAAACCGACCAUAUCUCGAUUUGUUUGGGAAAGCAUCAUAUGCAUGAGCUUGUGACACCUGCGGUCAAUAUUUCAUCCGGCACUUUGCUCCGCGUAUGUAGCAGAACCCAAGUGUCAAAAAAGCCCUAGACAUUGUUUUUCCUGUUAUUACUUUUUAUCUUUCUACGCAUUAUGCAUGUCGUCUAUAUUUUUUCUAAAUUAAAAGGUAUUAGUUUCUAAUGCGUGGAACCUAUACAGAACAAUAUUCCUGUAUUCUGUCCAGCACUGACUGACGGGUCACUGGGAGAUAUGCUGGGUUUCCAUUCAAUCCGAAAUCCCGGAUUGAUUGUUGACAUUGUCGAAGGUAUCAGUGACUCCCUCUAUUACGCGUUGACAUGUGGUUGGUGGAUUGACAUUUUACGAAUCUGAUUUGACUUGCAGAUGUUUUGGCAAUAUAUUCUGAAGCUAUCGAUGCAAGCCCUAGAAAGACCGGAAUGAUACUUCUUGGUGGAGGACUCCCGAAACACCAUAUUUGCCAGGCAAACAGGAUGUGUAAUGGAGCAGACUACGCUGUUUACAUAAACACGGGACAAGAAUUCGAUGGUAGCGAUUCUGGAGCGCGUCCUGAUGAAGCCAUCUCAUGGGGGAAGAUAAGAGGCUCCACGAAACCCAUCAAAGUAGGUAUUUUCUGGGAACAUGAUGUCGGUGUAGCACUCCCUGUUUCCAUCGAGCUGCCAUUUUUAGCUGAAUAAGUCGUGUUUUUGUUCGAUUCAAAGUGGUAUUCCCAUUAUGGUGCUUAUUUCAUUGGGAAGACUUGCUAUGAAACUUGCUAUGGGUCGGCUUCCUAUGAGCUUUGAUGCUAUGAAACUGCUUCUACUCUCUACUUUGAUGUAGUUCGAUUCAGGAGAUUUGGGUUUACCUGUCUUAUGUGCUUGGCAUUGUUUUUGUCUGUCUGCCUCUCUCUCUCUCUACUCUGAGCUUUGCUAUGAAACGAUUAGGUCCACUGUGAUGCAACAAUCGCCUUCCCUUUGCUGGUGGCCGCGACAUUUGCUACGCGACUUGAGAAAAGUGCCUACACCAAUGCACUACAAAGGUAUCAAUCAUUCUGUGAAGCUCAGCUUAUCAGCUUUAUCAUUCUGUAG